GUCGUGUACCUGGUUUAUUGUGGUAUAUCAUCUAAUCAUGAUUCAUGAAGGAGGAAUGUAUAAGCAGUAUAAUGUUUUGAUGAGCCGGUCUUUUUGGCUUUCCAAGCUUUGAUCUAGUUUACUAUUUAAUUAUUUCAAAGGAAAAUGGCAAAUGCAUCACUCUGUGUGGGACUAGUGUGUAUUGAUAUUGUUGCCGAAAGUGAAAGAUUUCCUGUAGAAGACACUGAUCAUAGGAUUCCAAACCUUUCGUACAGAAGAGGAGGAAAUGCGUCCAACUCAUGCUCUGUUUUGUCUCAACUGGGAAUGAAAACAGAGUUUUUAGGAACUCUUUCAAACUCAAUACAACUGGAUUUCAUUCGAAGAGAUUUUGCAGAACACUCAGUUUCAAUUGAACACUGCCCUAUUUUCCCUGAUUGUGAGUUUCCAACUUCCAUUGUGAUACUUAAUGCCUACAAUAGUACCAGAACCAUUAUGCAUCAUCCAACAAAUUUACAAGAGCUGGGUGUCCAACAUUUCACCAAUCUUAAUCUAAACAAUUAUUCAUGGAUUCAUUUUGAAGGAAGGAGUGCUAAUGUCGAUAACAUAAAACAAAUGAUUAAAUUUGUGCGGGAAAAUUCUAAAUCUAUAAAAAUAUCGGUUGAAAUCGAAAAGACACGCACAGUUCUUGGUGAACUCCUCCCACUAGGAGAUGUUGUCUUUAUUUCGAAAGAAUUUUCUCAGUUUUCUGGCUUCCCUACCAUGAAAGAAGCAGUAAAAGGAUUUAUCGGUUUGUCAAGACCAGGGUGCAUUGUCGUAUGUGCCUGGGGGUCAGAAGGAGCGGCUGCAGGACAAAAUGUUGAUGGGACAGAUGUGGUGAAGUGUCAAAGUGCUUCUGCACCUUGUCGUAUCAUCGAUACCCUUGGAGCUGGGGAUACAUUCAACGCUGCAUUCAUCUAUAGCCAAAUUAACCUGUGGGACUGGAAAAAAGGGCUUGAAUUCGCCUGCCAUAUUGCCGGUUGCAAAAUUGGUUUAAACGGAUUUCUAGGACUCGAACAAUUCAAGCAGACCUUUUUAUUUGAGGCCUCAGACAAUGACAGGUAUCCCGAUGGGGCUGUUCGCCUUCGUAAUCCAAAUAUUGAGCUGAUGGACCAGGACAUUCUUUAUCAUUUGGCAUUGGGGAGCGGAAGCCAUGACCUCCAGCAAAUGUUUGGCGACGUUAAGUUUGUGUGCAUGGGAGGUACUCCGAAGCGCAUGGAGCAGUUUGCUAACUUUAUUAUGGAUGAGAUCGGUUACAAAUUGCCAGCUGGAACAACUCUGCUGGACAUUUCUCAAUAUUCCUACCGAUAUUCGAUGUACAAAGUCGGACCGGUUCUCUCCAUCAGCCAUGGAAUGGGUAUUCCGUCAGUUGGAAUUCUACUUCACGAAGUCAUUAAACUAAUGUACCACGCUCGAGUUAAAGAUCCCGUGUUCUUCCGUCUGGGAACAUGUGGCGGUAUUGGCUUGGAUGGCGGACAACUGGUAAUCACGGACGAAGCCGUGGAUGGCAUGAUGAGACCAUUCCUCGAAUUGCCAGUUUUAGGGCAAUUGGUCCAACGACCAUCCAAGCUCGACACAGAACUGGCCAAAGAAUUGCAGUCUCUUUCUACUCAAGACGAUCCCUUUGAGACGCACGUUGGUCGAACUAUGUGCACUUAUGAUUUCUAUGAAGGACAGGGACGUCUAGAUGGAGCAUUCUGUGACUACACUGAAAAGGAAAAGCUGGAAUUCUUGCACAAGGUUCAUGACAAUAACAUUCUCAACAUGGAAAUGGAAUCCUUGGCCUUUGCAGCGCUGACCCACCAUGCAGGAAUCCGUGCGGCAGUCAUCUGUGUCACUCUGCUCAACCGCCUUAAUGGUGACCAGGUGGCUUCGAGCAAGGAAGUCUUGAACGAGUGGCAAAACAGACCUCAGGCCAUCGUCGCUCGAUACAUCAAAAAGCACAUGGGCAUGACAGGCCCAGCUCCGCGUCCUCCUCCGCCCGGGCCCAAAACGGUUGUCAACUCAAAGAAACUCAAAUUCGUCCGCGAGGAAUCUCAAAGCUACGAAUAGCAUUAGGAUUCACAGGGUUCCAAAAAGGAAAUUCGGCUCCGCAGUGUCCUGGUAAAGAAAAAAAUUGAAAUUUACGUCAAGAUUCCACCCGAGUAUUUUUAUCUGACAGCUGCUGUGUGACAGUCGAUAGCGUUUGUUUGUUUGUUUUUUUCCUUAAGAGGUAAACACUUGUGUUACGUAGUGAAUUCGAUCGUCGUUAGAGAGCGUGUUAUUUAGUAUCACUGGUAUUCAACAACAAAAGUUUUCAAACGUGUUUCUUUGUACACAACGAAAGCUCUCUCCCUACUCUGAAUGUUGUAGUCCUGUAAAUUCUCUUUUUCACUGUUUCAUUGGGAUCCUUUAUUUUAUUUAUUUUUCACUAAUUGCGCACUCGUCAUUACCGAGUUUAGUUGUUGUUAAAAAGGCAAAAUUAUUUGAGCAAUAUUUGUUCCAUACAUCCAUACAGUAACAUUCCAACUUGCGGAACGAUCCUUCAGACUCUCCUUUCACGACGACGGAAGUCGUUCCGUUAAUGUUUCACUGUUUGAUUCCAAUUGGUCUUUGGCUAUAUUAAAGUUCUGGGGCAUUGGCGAUUUCUUGUAGUUACAUAUUUACAGAAUCUCCUUGUAAUUCGUGGUGUCUACUUUCAAUUACAAAAGAAAGAAAAAACAAAAACAAAUCCUGUAGAGGCAGCCUUCGAUGCAUAUGAUACGGCCGACCAUUUAGUCGUGCAUUACCGUCAAGACGGAACGAGAGGUUUUUUCAUCAUCGUCUGGAUGUUCAGUGUGUUACGUAUGUGUGUGUGGGUGGGUGUGGGUUUUGGAGAUCUCGUCUUUUCUUCUCCCUUUCUCGGCAUUGUUAACGUCUCCAGCUACAUCAGCUGUUGACUUUGAUAAGUGAAAUUUUUUUUUCUUUUCUUUUUCUUUUUCCCAACAAGAAAUUAUUUUAAAAUAGCUAAAAAUUCAACCGGAGGAAGCAAGGAACACAACUAACAAAUAACAACAACAUACUGGUGGGAAUGCGAACGUUUUCUUAUCUUUAUAUAAAUAUUCUUUGCGUGCUUGACGUUGCACAGUGUGUUUCUCAAUGGAUGUCGGUAAUAAUACAAUAAAAUAGACAUUCAAAUCUA